AUGGCUCUGACAGUGUGUGUGAGACGCCUAACAGGGCUGCCGGGCACCCAUGACCGACAAGUGAGGCUCAGCUUUCGUGGUUUCACCCAGAAAACAAGGAAAAUUCACUGUGGCCAAGAAGCAGAUGUCAGUGAGCUGUUCCGAUGGCCCCAUUACGGGGCUCCACUGUCUGGGGAGAGUCUGUCUGUGCAGGUGGUCAACUGCAGCCGUGUGUUCAGCCCCAGGUCUCUUGGAACCCUGGUGAUCUCCUUGCAGCAGCUCCAGAGUACUGGGCAUCUGGUGCUGCGGGAGGCCCUAGUGGAUGAGAAAUUGCGAGUGUCCCCAAUCCAGGUAGAGCUUGACUUGAAGUAUCAGCCCCCUGAGGGAGCUGCUGGAGUCUGGGCAGAGGAAGACUUUGGGACACCCAACCGCGACAGCGCAGAGCUGAUCAUCCCCAAUGUGGGCUUCCAGGAGCUGGAGCCUGGGGAGGCCCGGCUGGAGCGGCGGACUGUGGCUCUGGGCCAUAGGCUAGCGAGAAGCCUCGCUGCACGGGACGAUGAAGAGAAUGAACUGGAGCUGGAGUUGGAGCUGGAACUGGAGGAUGAGCCUGAUGUGGAGCUUUCUGGGGUAGUGUUCAGCCCCCUCAAGAGCCGAGUUCGAGGCUUGGCCCGAGGGGACUCUUUCCAGGUGUCCAGAGCACAGGACUUCCAGGUGGGAGUCACCGUGCUUGAGGCCCAGAAACUGGUGGGAGUCAACAUUAACCCUUACAUAGCUGUGCGUGUGGGGGAUCAGCGCCGAGUGACCGCCACACAACGUGGGACCAACUGCCCAUUCUACAACGAGUAUUUCUUAUUCGAAUUUCACGAGACCCGGCUUCGCCUCCAAGACUCGUUGCUGGAGAUCACGGCUUUCCAUUCACAGACCCUCCCAUUUAUGGCCACCAGGAUAGGAACGUUCAGGAUGGAUUUAGGCAUCGUCUUUGACCAGCCAGAUGGCCACUUCUACCAAAAGUGGGCUCCUCUGCAUGACCCCCGAGACACUCGCGCGGGAACCAAGGGCUUCGUCAAGGUCACCUUGUGCGUGAGGUCUCGCGGGGACCUUCCCCCUCCAUUACCACCCCCAAGCCCAGGCUCCAAUUCGGAUAUCGAGAAGAACCUGCUCCUGCCGCGCGGGGUGCGGGCCGACCGGCCGUGGGCGCGGCUGCGCGUGCGCCUGUACCGCGCCGAGGGUCUGCCCGCGCUGCGCCCGGGGCUCCUGGGCAGCCUGGCCCGCGCCCUGCACGACCGGCACGUGGCCCCGGACCCCUACGUGCGCGUGUCCUUCCUGGGGCAGCAGGGUGAGACGUCGGUGCGCGGCGAGACGGCGGCGCCCGAGUGGAACGAGCAGCUGAGCUUCGUGGAGCUCUUCCCGCCGCUCACGCGCGCCCUCCGCCUGCAGCUGCGCGACGACGCCCCGCUCGCCGACGCGCCGCUCGCCGCGCACGCGCUGGACCUGAGGCUGGUCUCGAACCCCAGCCGCGCGGCGGGGUUUAACCCUACCUUCGGUCCGGCCUGGGUACCUCUCUAUGGCUCGCUCCCCAGUGGGGGGCUCCGGGAUGGUCUUCAGACUCUGAAUGAGGGCCUUGGGCAAGGCAUUUGGUUCCGUGGCCGACUUCUGGUGGCUGUGUCCACCGAGGUGUUGGAAGGUAGAUCCGAACCCGAGUCCACCCAGACCCCACAGAGUUCCAGAUUAUCUCGGCUCACCAGAAGGAAGAAGAAGAAAGCUAAGCAGGGUCAGACCCCGGCUGGGAUUCCACAGCACGUGGACGCCAGCUCCAGCGCAGAUGGGCCCGAGAUUCCCAGCGCCAUGGAGGUGGAGGUGGAGGAGUUGCUGCCCCUCCCAGAGAAUGCCCUGGCUCCCUGCGAAGAUUUCUUGCUUUUCGGAGUGCUCUUCGAGGCCACCAUGAUUGACCCCGCAGUGGCCAAGCAGCCUAUCAGCUUUGAGAUUUCCAUUGGUCAUGCAGGCCACAGGGAGGAGCGGUUGGAUCGAGAGUCUAGGACUGUGGAGGGAACAGAGGGCAGUGUGUCAGAGGCGCAACCUCUGCUGGAGUCUGACAACAGGGGUUCUGGUCUGGAAGAGGAGGAAGAGCUGGGAACCCCUGCUCAGCGGCCUGAGCCGGUGGAUGGCAGCGGGCCAUAUUUCUGCUUGCCUCUGCGUCACCAAAAGCCCUGUUUGAGUGUGUGGAGCCGCUGGGAGAAUUACACCUGGCGCCUGCAGAGCAGUAACUGUGUGCGCAAAGUGGCUGAGAGGCUGGACCAGGGGCUGCAGGAUAUUGAGAAGAUACAACGCAGGUGGGGACGGGGUGCCUGCAUGCGGCUCAAGCAGACUCUAGAAGAGCUGGUGGCCGGGAGCAGACAGUUUUGCCGUGGUGCUGAGCUCAGGACGAUGACCCGGCCCAACACCCUGGAUCGAUGCCGAGGGAAGCUACUGACGCACAGCCUGAAUCUGUUGGCAAAGCAAGGACUGCGGCUUUUACAGGGUCUGAGGCAGAGCAACAUGCAAAGGAAGGUGGCACUGGCUAAGAAGCUCCUGGCAAAACUGCACUUCCUGGCUCAGGAGCCCCAGCCACCUCUGCCAGACGUGCUGGUCUGGAUGUUCAGUGGACAGCGCCGCGUGGCCUAUGCCCGGAUCCCUGCCCAGGAUGUGCUGUUUUCUGUGGUGGAAGAAGAGCGAGGCCGAGACUGUGGAAAGAUCCAGAGUCUACUACUCACUGCACCUGGGGCAGCCCCUGGAGAGGUCUGUGCCAAGUUGGAGCUCUUCUUGUGGCUUGGACUGGGCAAGCAAGCCAAAGCCUGCGUCUCUGAGCUGCCCCCAGACCUGCUACCUGAACCCCCAACUGGGCUGCCUCACAGCCUGCACCGAGAUGACUUUAGCUACUUCCAGCUCCGGGCUCACUUGUACCAGGCCCGAGGUGUGUUGGCAGCAGAUGACAGUGGCCUCUCGGACCCCUUUGCCCGAGUCCUCAUCUCCACCCAGUGCCAAACUACGCAGGUCAUGGAGCAGACGCUAAGCCCCCUGUGGGAUGAACUCUUGGUGUUUGACCAGCUGAUUGUGGAUGGGAGGCGGGAGCAUUUGCACGAGGAGCCUCCGCUGGUGAUCAUCAAUGUCUUUGACCACAAUAAAUUUGGCCCCUCUGUGUUCCUGGGCAGGGCACUUGCAGCCCCAAGGGUAAAGUUGACAGAGGACCCAUACCAACGCCCUGAACUGCAGUUCUUCCCCCUGAGGAAGGGACCUCAGGCUGCUGGAGAACUCAUCGCCACCUUUGAACUCAUUGAACUGGACUACCGUGGCCACCUUGAGCCCUCAGUGCCCACUGACGUGGAGCCCCAGGACUUGACAUCCCUGGUGAAGCCCCUCUCUGGACGUCUAUCCCUGCCAUCGGCUGUGCGCCCGGUGCUCAGAGAGUUCCGUGUUGAGGUUCUGUUCUGGGGCUUGAGGGGCCUGGGUCGUGUGCACCUGUUCGAGGUGGAACACCCCCAAGUUGUGCUGGAGUUGGCCGGGAGGCGUGUGGAGUCUGAGGUUCUGGCCAGUUACCAUGAGAACCCCAACUUCACUGAGCUCAUCCAGCAUCUGACGGUGGACUUGCCAGAGCAGCCUUAUCUGCAGCCCCCACUCAGCAUCCUGGUGAUUGAGCGCCGGGCCUUUGGCCGAACAGUCCUUGUGGGUUCCCAUACCGUCCCCGAUAUGCUGAGAUUCACACUCCAGGAUCAAGAGAAUUCCCAUGAGGAGGAAGAAGCAGAGGAGGAGGCAAGGGACCUGGUGUCAAAGGAGCCUCAAGGACAGAAGUCCGUGGAUCCCAUCCUGGCUGAAGAAGAAAAAUCCAGCCGGCUCCUGAAGGUUCCUCUAAAGAAGCUCACGAUAGGCAGGUUCCUGGCUCAAGGCCCCGAGCUGGAGGAGGACGUCCCAGACCCAGAAGAGAUGGACUGGUGGUCCAAAUACUAUGCCUCACUACAGGAGCUCCAGGGGCAGUCCAACCUUGAUGAGGAUGAAAUGGAUGAUGCUGGAGAUUCAGAUGGGACCCACCUCAUUUCUGUGGAGAGGGAGGCCCAGGACCACAGCGAGGCUGAUACCAAAGUCUCAGCAUGCCGGAAAAAGGCAGUCGCCACCCUGAAGAUCUACCACAGCUCCCUGGAGGAGGAGUUUAACCACUUUGAGGACUGGCUGAAUGUAUUCCCCCUGUACAAAGGGCAAGGGGGCCAGGAUGCAGACGGAGAGGAAGAAGGGUCUGGGCAUCUUGUGGGCAAGUUCAAGGGCUCCUUCCUCAUUUACCCUGAGUCUGAGGCUGCAUCCUUCUCUGAGCCCCGGAUCUCCAGGGGGAUCCCCCAGAACCGGCCCAUCAAGCUUCUGGUUAGAGUAUAUGUUGUCAAGGCUACCAACCUGGCUCCCGCAGACCCCAAUGGCAAAGCAGACCCCUAUGUCAUGGUGAGAGCUGGAAAGGAGCAGAGGGACACCAAGGAGCGCUACAUCCCUAAGCAGCUCAACCCCAUUUUUGGAGAGGUCCUGGAGCUGAACAUCUCUCUCCCGGCUGAGCCCGAGCUGACGGUGGCCAUAUUUGAUCAUGACCUUGUGGGUUCUGAUGACCUCAUCGGAGAGACUCACAUUGACCUCGAAAACCGUUUCUAUAGCCACCACCGAGCAAACUGUGGGCUGGCCUCCCAGUAUGAUGUGGAUGGGUACAAUGCCUGGCGGGAUGCAUUCCGGCCUUCACAGAUCUUGGCAGGGCUGUGCCAACGCUGUGGUCUCCCUGUCCCUGAGUAUCGAGCUGGGGCUGUGAAGGUGGGCAGCAAAGUCUUUCUGACACCGCCUGAGACUCUGCCCUCAGGGCGUGGGGAUUCCAAGGUGCCAAGUGGGGCUGUUGAAGAGGCUCAGGCAUUGCUUGUGCUGCGGCAUUGGCAGGAGAUGCCAGGGCUUGGGAUCCAGCUGGUACCUGAGCAUGUGGAAACACGGCCUCUCUACCACCCCCGCAGUCCAGGGCUGCUGCAGGGAUCCCUGCAUAUGUGGAUUGAUAUCUUCCCCAGUGAUGUACCUGCCCCACCCCCAGUUGACAUCAAGCCUCGUCAGCCAAUCAGCUAUGAGCUCAGAGUCAUUAUCUGGAACACAGAAGAUGUGGUUUUGGAUGACGUGAAUCCACUCACUGGAGAGAUGUCAAGUGACAUCUAUGUGAAAAGCUGGGUAAAGGGGUUGGAACAUGACAAACAGGAGACGGAUGUUCACUUUAACUCACUGACUGGGGAGGGCAACUUCAACUGGCGCUUUGUCUUCCGCUUUGACUACCUGCCCACGGAGCGGGAGGUGAGCGUCCGGCUCCGGCCAGGACCCUUCGCCCUGGAGGAGGCUGAGUUUCGGCAGCCCGCCGUGCUGGUCCUGCAGGUGUGGGACUAUGACCGCAUCUCCGCCAACGACUUCCUUGGAUCCGUGGAGUUGCAGCUACCAGACAUGGUGAGGGGGGCCCGGAACCCUGAGCACUGCUCUGUUCGACUGGCCCUUGACGGGGCUGGGCCGAGGUGCAAUCUCUUUCGCUGCCGCCGCUUGCGGGGCUGGUGGCCCGUAGUGAAGCUUCGGGAAGUGGAGGACGUGGAACGGGAGGCUCAGGCUGGCAAGAAGAAGCGAAAGAGGAAAAGGAAGGGGCGGCUGGAGGACCUGGAGUUCACAGACACAGGAGGCAAUGUCUACAUCCUCACGGGGAAGGUGGAGGCAGAGUUUGAACUGCUGACCGUGGAGGAGGCAGAGAAAUGGCCAGUGGGGAAAGGGCGCAAGGAGCCGGAGCCCUUGGAGAAACCCGACCGCCCUAAAACCUCCUUCAACUGGUUUGUGAACCCUCUGAAGACCUUCAUCUUCUUCAUCUGGAGACGGUACUGGCGCAUCCUGUUGCUGCUGCUGCUGCUGGCGCUCGUCACGGUCUUCCUCCUCCUCGUGUUCUACACCAUCCCCGGCCAGAUCAGCGAGGUCAUCUUCAACCCACUCCGCAAGCACUGACUCCAGCAGACCAGGACCACCUCAAGGUGCCACGCACACAUCACCGUCCACACAGUCUCUGAAGCCCUUUACUCCAAUGCAAGCUGCAAAAAGAGCUCAGUGCUUCCA